AUGAAAAUAGAUAAUUUAAUAAUUUUAGCAAAUAUUAAAUAUUUGUGUAUAUUUUCAUUUGAAAAGAUAUAUAAAUCGAAAUAUGAGGCUUACUAUUCUGAUCCAUUCUAAACUUUACCUAAUAGAUUUAGAUUUGAAAACAAAAAGGAUGUAUAUGGUAUUAGAUACCUAAUUCUGAAAUUGAUGAGCACUUAAUUCUAAAAACCAUUAAAUUUUUGA